AUGUACAUCACUCUCUACUACAUAGUCACUCGCCUCCCUGACUCCCUUCGCGUAGUCAGGGACCACUUCCUCUCAGUCUGUCCCACCACUCUCACUGUUGACCUCCUCGAGAAGUCCCUCCUAGCGGCCGAGAAGAGCAUAGUCGCUGUAGGGGCCUCUCGUGGUGACCCGCGCACCCCCAUCUUUGAGGGGUGUUCCCCCUCCCCCCUUCUGCCCUCUGUUGCCUCUGCUGCUGCGGCCGACCUCCUUGGUCUUGAGUCGGUCGGUGCGGCGUGUGCCCCUAGCGGGAGACGCCGCUCUGGCAAGUGCAAGGGGGGCAGGGGCACUCGAGGAGUGAGCGGGGGCGGUGGAGGUGGAGGUGGAGGUGGAGGCGGCGGGGGGAGUGGGGGUGGCGAUGGGAGUGGAGGUGGGGGUGGAGGUGUCGGUGGCGGCGGUGGAGGCGGAGGCGGCGGCGGCGGUGGCGGUGGGAGCGGAGGUGGCGGAGGUGGUGGCGGUGGAGGAGGCGGCGGAGGCGGCGGUAGUAGCGGAGGCGGCGGAGGCGGCGGGGGUGGCGGUGGAGCUGGUCGCGGGUCUACGCAGAGGAGUGGCUCCGGUGGUGGUCAGCGCCAGCAGCAGCAGCGCGGUCGUGAGACCCUGUCCCCUCAGCAGCUCAGUGAGUGGUACACUGCACGCCAGCGGGGUGGGGGUUUUGGUCCGUGCACCUACGUCCUGCGCACCGGCGACCGUGCGGGUGAGCAGUGUGGGGGUGCGCACCCCACCCAGCGCUGCUUUGGCCGCCUGACGGACGCGUGGCGUCACCAUUUCCCGGAGGCCACAGAGAUCCCUCGCUGGGGCAAGUUGUCUUGGGCGGGAGUUGCCAUCUAUGAUCUUGAUUUUGCUGCUAUCCUUUCUGCCAUGUAUGCUGUGUCUAUUAGUGAUGAGGGUGACUGUUACCGGUGUUUCCCGCCCGAUCCGGGCAUUGAGACUGCUGCUCUAGGUACUGGUGAGGCUGCUGCCCUAGGUGCUUGCGACGCUGCUGCUCUAGGUGCUAGUGCGUUUGUGUCCUCAGGUACUGGUGAGUCUGCGCUCUCAGGUACUGCGUGCCGAUAA